AGACAAUCAUUAUCCAAAUACAGGCGUCCGGAAAUUACUGUAUGUAGGCUGACAUUGCGUUGUUGGGAGGCAUAAGGAAGCCGAAUCUGGGUGUGUCUGUGUAAUUUAGGAAAAACUGAAAAGGCAUCUGUCAGUAUUGGAGGGGGGCCCAAAACGUCACAGCCAAGGAAGCUGUUGGAGGCGGUUGGGGUCUGCGCGCCGCAGACGGGGAACAACCCUCACUGCCUUCACUGGUCACGGAGCUCCACUAGUUCAAGCUGAAACACUUUGAUUAUAAUAACCAUGACGCGCGGAUUCCUACUUAUUGUCCUUUUAAUAAGCCUGCCGCUCAUCAAUGGGACGCCCUUUCAGCAAAGCAUCUUCCAGGGGAGCGCAUAUUCUGGCGCAGAAACCCGCCAGCGGAACAAAAACUGGUGCGCCUACGUUGUGCACAAGAACGUGAGCUGCGCCGUCGUCGGGGGCACGGAGAGCUUCGUGCAGCCGGGGUUCUUGCCGUGUCCGCCGGAGCUGCCAAACUGUGGCCAGCAAGUGAUAUAUCGGACACACUUCAAGCCCAUGUAUAAGAUUGCCUAUAAGACUGUAACAGAGCUGGAGUGGAGGUGCUGCCCGGGGUACCAGGGCCACAACUGCAUGGAGGUCAAGGACCUGAAGCUCCUCCAAGUGGAGCGUCUGCCCCAGGCUCCCUCUGGAUAUGUUCCAGCUCCACUAGCACCCGAGCAGAGGAGCGAGGGCCACGGGAGCCGUCCACGGGGGCGGGAAGGUCCGCUCCAGGGUCAGGGGGGUCGCGGAGGCCCUCAAAGCGCGCAACACCUGGAGGAGGAGGUGCAGCGACUUUCCCAGAUGGUCCUCGACAUGCAGGCGCGAAUGACAGACAUGUCCUCCAACUUAAGGCUGGACUUCCAAGAGGACGCCAGUAAAAUGGUGCUCAGCCUGCUGAAUAACCUCAGGCAGCCGGCCAGCGCGCGGGGCUCCGAAACUCAAAUCAUUGAGCUGCCAGACUUCUCGUUUGACCACGACGCGCCAUCGAUGGAUCAAGUCAUGAACAAGAUCAGCCAGGUCACCGAUGACCUGGAGUCCAAGGGCAACGCUCUGAACGACCUGCUGGGCCGCGUCAGCGACCAUGACGGGCAAAUCCAUCUGCUAAUGGAGGCGGCCCGAAAGGCAGAGGCCACCCCCCCGCCCUCGCCACCGGCCAGCGAUGCAGACCUGCGUGUCUAUGUGGACCAAAGGAUCCGCGCUCUGAGGGAGGAGCUGAUGGAGGGCAUGGAAGUCAAAAUGGCCGACCUGAAGAACUCCUGCGAGUACAAGAUCACGUCGGUUCAAGAGCAGUGCGAGGGACAGGAAGUGAACUACCUCAGCCUGGCGGAGCUCAUGGAGUCCAAGGAGAGCGACCUCCGCAGCGAGAUCCAGGAGCUUCGGACUAAGCUCGUCGAUCCAGGAAAGGUGAGUCUCAACUCAUCAGGGAGCAGUGGAGAGACAAAGCGCUUCUACGAGGUGGAGAAGAUGAAGAAAGAUCAUGCAGACGCCAUUGAGGCUCUGAGGAGGACUCUGGAGGACAAGCUAGCCGCCAUGGAGGACAGGCUGAGCCCCUUAUGGCUGGAAGCCAGUACCAAGUCCCAGACCCAACCUGGGAAUCAGGACUCUCUGAAGGGCUCUGUUCAAACUCUGGAGGACAGACUCAGUGUCUUGGAGCAGCUGUGCUCCGAUGAGUGCGGAGCCAACGCAACAGCUGUACAAAACCUUCAGCGAGACGUCCAGAGGUGCAAAACAGCUGUAGGAGCUCUGGAGACGAGUCUAAGAGCUGAGAUAAAGGACCUGCGGGACGUAGACCGCAGCACUGACACCCGGAGCUUACGCGGCGAGCUGGGCUCCCUGCGAGGCAGCGUCCGCAGGCUGGAGGCCUCGCUGUCCGACGCGGCGAAGGCGGCUCCAGCGGAGACCGCAGGCGAGCAGGAGCCCCUCGGGACCGGGCGUCAGGAGCCGAGGCGGCGGCCGGACGAGCUGGACCGGCAGGCGAGGGCCGACGGCGAGCGCUGCAGGGCGAGGGCGGAGGAGGUGGGGGAGGAGGUGGGGCGCGUGGAGCGGCGCGUCGCCAGCGUGGAGCGGCUGUGCUCCAGGCUGGACCCCGUCUCCAGCAGCCUGCAGAGGAUCAGAGAGGGGCUGGACAAGCACGUCGCCGGACUGUGGACCUGCGUCUCCCGCCUGAACGCCACCGCCGCCGCCCACGCGCGGGACAUCGGCGGCCUGCGGGGCGCCGUCCGGGGCCUGCAGCCGCACGCGAGCAGCCCUCCCGGGUCCACAGGGGCUCAGGUCACAGUGGAGGACGCGGGGCUCCUCCAGGCCGGGCCCGUCGGCCCCGUGGAUGCCUUCCUGAGCCCGCCGGCUGUGAUGGAGACCGGCGAGGCGGGUCCCCCUGGGAAGAUGAUCCCGUCCAAGCUGCCCAGAGGCACCGACGGCAGCACGGCGCCCGUUCAGGGCUUCGCUGGAGCGCCAGCUUCUCCAGUUAAAUCCACCGACUCCGUGAAGACCGGCGCACCGCUGGUCUCAGAUGUAAACAUGCCUCACAGGCCGUCGCCAUGGAAACCUGCCGCCUCAGGAGAAAAGGCUGCGUUUUCAGCUGGUCUGAGUCUUCUGCCUUUUAAAGAAGAGGUCGGCAUCAUUAGAUUCAACAAGGUGUUGCUCAAUGAUGGAGGACACUAUGACACUCAGACAGGCAUCUUCACGGCUCCAACCGACGGACGGUACCUGGUGACCGCCGUUCUCGCCGCCCAGCGAGGCGAGAGGAUAGAGGCCGUCCUCUCCGUGUCCAACCGAAGCAUCCAGAGGUUGGACUCGGCAGGUUUCCCGUCAGGAGCCGCAGCGCACGCGUCACGUGGCCAAUGUGACUGCAGCGGCCCAGCCUCGCUCAGCCUGGUCCUGUCACUGCAGCGAGGCGACCGACUAGGGCUCAUCAUGACGGCCGGCAGGCUCGCCAUCUCGGCCUCCUCGGAGAUCCUGUCAUCAUUUAGUGCUGUGCUGCUGUACCCGAGCCCGUCACAACGGUAGCCCAACCUCUUUAUAGAAAGACACCUUAUACUGGAGUAAAAUACUGAGAGUGAUUUAUUAUCAGUUAUUAAAUAUUAAUACCAGGUGGAUAAAGCAAACACAAAGGAAAAGGUAUUCAACUAGUUUAUUUCUCUCAUGAACACUAAUAUAUAUAUUUUGCUGUUUAAUGUCCUCUGCAGUAAAGUGGAUUUAGUUUAAAACUGGUUCAUCAACACAGACUCUUAAACAAUCCUUUGCAUAGAAAGCAGAACAAAUAGUUGAACAUGUUUAAUAAAACCAAAUAUUUUUGUGCAGAACACAAAGUAAUCAACAAUCUACAGUCUUGAGGCAGCAACAAAUGUUCUUCAUUGAAAAGUCCAAGAAAAUAUUGUGUGUUCUCUUCACACAAA